AUGUCAAUUUGGGUAGACAUAUCUAAACUGGAGGAUACAGUUGACUCCAAUAACAAGGAUUUGUUUUUUGCUGUGUUAGGUGAGAGUCCUGGAAAUUUUAGGGUACUUACCUAUGUCAUGCUUAACGUCCUCAGAGACAAUAACCACCUGAAUUCUCGUGAUCUUAAAGUCUUAUGCCUAUAUACUCAGAAACGUUUCAUGAAAUUGUUAGAUAUAAUGGUGAAAAUGGGCGAUAAUAAAAAUUUUCCAGCUGAUUACGACUAUUGUAUUUUAGUGAUGAUAGAUCAGCCAUAUCUUACAACUUCUAAGUCAACCUACAACCAGAGAUUUAAUUUCAGAGAAAUUGAUCUAACUGAUCUAAUUGUUAAGCAACAAGAAGAUGGGAUCUUUCUAAUCAUCAUUUUCAUACACAAAAAUAAAGAAGACGAUUAUGAUAAAGAAUUAGUCGAAAUCAUACUCAACCACCUGGAUCUAACAUCAAUGUCUGUGUUGACAAGUGACUGGAUUAUUCCAAUUGAACGAAAGUUUAACCUUCUGUAUAUCAAUCUAGAGUUGAAUUUGUCAGCACAAUUUCAGUAUUUUGUAAUAUCUAAAAUUCCAGAUAAAUUGGAACUUCCAGAAGAAGAGCUUGGAGACGAAUUACUUGAAGAGCCUCGUGAAUUAGUUUUAGAUUCAUUGAUCAAAUUAGCUUCAGAUUCAUUGGACACACUUAGUUGA